GUGCGGAGUCCUCCAGGAGAGAAAGCCCUUCCCUCCCAAGCCCCUUCCUGCCUGGCUUCUCCCUGUGGGGGGGGGACAAACGUGGUCUUUGUCUCUCCCAGCGCUGCAUUGGGGCGACCCUUCUGGGAGCCGAAGCUACCUUGGAGCAGAGAUGGAAGAGCAAAACUCAGCUGGCCCUGAAACAGGAAGAGGCCACAGUACCAUCAAGCCUGGGAGCUCUGGAGUAUUCUGGAAGGUCCUGGGUGAGGAUACCCUCAGUUCAGAUGUGCAGCGGCAGCAGUUCAGACAUUUCUGCUACCACGAAGCCAAAGGACCCCGAGAGGUUUGCAACCAACUCCAUCAUCUUUGCCGCCAGUGGCUGAAGCCAGAGCAACACACCAAGACUCAAAUACUGGACCAGGUGAUCCUGGAGCAGUUCCUGGCUGUCCUCCCCCUGGAGAUGCAGAGCUGGGUGAGGGAGUGUGGGGCAGAGACCAGCUCCCAGGCGGUGGCCCUGGCUGAAGGUUUCCUCCUGAGCCAGGCAGAGGACAGGAAGCAGGAACAGCAACAGGGACACGAUCUGCUUGCAAAAAUGGACACUGAUUUCGCUGAGAUGGAGAUGAUUCCAUUGGACAGCAGACAGAGGCCACUAGGUGACUGGAUGAUGCUGGCAGGACCUCCUCAGCCAUCUCCUCUUCAGAGUGGAAGGGAAGCAGCUUCUGUGGCACUGGAUAAGAGUCCAGCAUCCUUCGAGGAUGUGGCUGUGCAUUUCACAGAUGAGGAAUGGGCACUGUUGGAUCCUGACCAGAGAGCUCUGCAUACAGAAGUCAUGGAGGAGACCUGUGGGAUCUUUGCCUCUCUUGGUAAGGCUCCCAGUGGCUUGAUAGUAUCUGUUGUGAAUUAUCAGUUGUUAUCCACGAUCAGUUGCUGAUAAAGGUGAUGAAUCCCUAUAUUUUGAUGUGGUUCAACGGUGUCACCUACAACAUCAGGGAUUCUUUUUUUAUAUAUAAAUAAUGUUUAUUAGUUUUCAAUUACAAAAAAUCCAAUAUAUGCCACAUUGUAUCAAUGCCAAAUUGCAAUUCAAUUAUAAUUAAACAGCCAAUUACAUAUACAGAUUUUGUAUGACUUCCCGCGUGUUAGAUUUCAGGGUGCAGUAUUUUUGUUUUCAUUCUGCUUACAAAGGGUUAUUUAAUCCAAUUGCAUUUAUUCUUAAUCAUAGUCCCUUAUCUACAGCUACAACGUUUUUAACUUCUAUUUGUAUUAAAACGUUAAUAAUUUAUAUUUCUGUAAGAAAAUUUCUGUAAUCUUUCUAUUUCCUGUGUGUGAGGUUUGUUUUAUAUUUAUAUUAAUUUAUUUUGUUUUGCCCAUAUUGUUUCAUCAUUCUAUUUAGUCUUUGUCCUGCACAGCUCAGCCACUUCCAGUCUUUCUCUCCCAUUGUCUCAAAAACGGGAGGCUGUAAUUGCCAUAUGUAAUUGCCAUGAGGCUGUAAUUGCCAUUUCAUUUCAAGAAUAGAGAUAGUCUGGUGUC